UUCUUUGGUAGCUCAAGUUUUGAUAAAAUGAGUUGUUGCUUACCGCUUUUACCAAAAAAUAGUCCUAAAAAUGUCGAAUUCAACAUGCCGAAGUGUAGCAUAUGCGAGAGAGCUAUGACUGAUGCUAUAUCCAAAUUCAGAGGAGUUACAAUAUGUGUGGUGGAUAAAGAGAAUCAAAAGAUUAAGGCUACUGGAAGUUUUAAUCAGGAGAUGUUGUUGAAAAAACUCAUGAAAGUAAUUCAAGAAUUGGAGAUUCAUGAGGGGGAAAAUGAUAAGAAUGAUGAAUCUGAAAUAAAUAAAAAAAAUGAAGAGAAACUUAAAUUAAUUCCGAAGAAACGUGAAGAAUCUAAAAUGGUUGAAGAAGAGCUUGCAAAGGCCAAGAAGAAAAUUGAUCCAAAUAGUGAUGAGCAUAAACAAAUAGAGAAAAUUAUGAUGUUCAAUGAAGAAAAUACCAACGCUAGAUGUACUAUUUCGUAAAGUGUAGUUUGUCAAAUAGACCUUUUUACAAAGGUUUUUUUUGGCAUUAAGUUUCAUAUCAUUUCAAAUUCAAAUCUUCACAUUUCUCCCCAUCUUGUAGUUUGAAUAAAAUUAUUAUGUA